AUGUCCGAUGUGGACGGAGUGCCGCCCAUCGUGCACGGGCGUUUUGGCUUGGAGCAAAGGUGUGCAUACAAGCACCCAGAUUUAUACGACGAAGAGGUUCCUGAGAUCGACUUGGAGUCGGUGAUCGGUCGACCGGAGUUGGGGGCGUGUGCUGUUCGAAGCUUCCUACUUUUGGGGGACCAGAAUGCCGGAAAGUCCACAAUGUUGCAUAGCUUCUGCCGAAACGGCGAUGCAGGCUUCAUGCAGCUGUCUUCACUUCUUCCCAUCCUUUCCAGCUCGUUCCUCAACACCCGCAUUGUGCCCCAUAGCUGGCUGGGACAGGAGGAUCCGAACCAGCUCAAGAGCCUUGUCAGGGAUGAGAUCCCCUUCAUGGACACGGACAUUGCGCGAGGUCUCGUGAUGUUAAGCAUCGAGAAUUUCGCAUUCUUCGCCCAAGAGUUUGGCUUGUGGGAUCCCACCUGCACGGAGGAGGCCCCAGAGUUCAUGAAGUUUGACCCAGAGGUGCGCUUUGUUACCCUGCAGUUUACCGAGCUUGGGGGCGACCACCUGGAUCGGCUCCUUCGAUUCCUGCAUGGUGGCUUGGCGACGGUCCGUGCCGCUGAGCCGAAAGCUUUCGAGCCGGAGGAAGAGGAGGGCUUUUGGGCGGACAUGCACGAAGUGCUUUCGACGUCGUUGAAGCUCCUAAAGGAGACCACCCGGACCGCCUACUUCAUCAACUGCGCCGUGCUCUUCCCCGGCGGCUCCCUGUCGACAGUGGCACUCAAAGAAACGCUUCACAAGCUUCGUUUUCUCGAUGCCGCGUUGGGCGGUGCGCGGGAGGUCCUUUUCUACUGCUCUCGGGCAGCCUCUGUGGACCUAACGGCAUGGAGUUCUUCCAGGUCCUGGGCUGAAGCCCACCGAACAGCCGCAGCUUUUGCCCAGGAGGUCUGUGGCAAGAAGUUCGAGGGCCCCUCCGAGCUUUCUGACGAGGUGCCCAGCCAGGACCUUCGCCUGGACCUCAGCGUCUUGGAGGAGGUGGCAGGAGCUGCAGCCGCAUCCGAAUGGCAGCAAGCCGAGGCGAGAGCGGCCCCGCUGUUGCACUUCCUCCGACAGAUGCUUCACCACCUGACGCACGGGCUGCAACUCCGCCUGCGCGUGGUGGGCGUCCACCUGGUUCGGAAUUAUGCCGAUGGUGCCGACGGUGGAAGGAGCCGCACACUCUGCGCGGCCUCUGUGGUCCGGAAUGUGGCGACCCUGCUGAAGUGCUGCAGCACUUCUACCGGUUCUUCUCCUGACGCGCUGGUCGCCGAAGUGGCGGAGUUGCUCCUCCGCUGCGCUGCGGCUGUGCGUCGUGUGGAAGAGCGCGUCGUGCAUGGAUGCUGGGUGACUCGCAAUGACCUGGCGCAGCAUCUCGAGCACUGUGAGGCGGAGCAGUCCACGGUGCCGCUGCCCGAGGCCAGCGUGCUCGGCACCUGGCCUCGGGCCGUCCAAGCCCUCCUCCAGCUCGGCCUCGCUGCCGAGCAUGCGCAGGGCUUGCCCAAGGUGGCCUUGGAGCUUUGCAGAACUUUCCCUGUUCUUCGAUUGAGACUUAGAGAGCAUGCGCGGUGCACGGCGACUGGUGAUGUCCUUCUUGUGACGGGACCGAGCCCGGACAUGGCGGACACAGCGCAGGCGCCUGAUGCUGUGGCGCUGCCUUUCGAUGCCGAGUUCUUCUCCCUGCUCACCUCGGAAGCAGCACUACGUGCUGUCACAUCCCACCUGUCCCGGUCCUCCGGCGUCUUCCGGUUCGAGUCACCGGCAAUUGUGCGCCAGCUUCAACGCAUCCGAGCGCGGCUGCGGCAGGAAGUGGAGGAUCUGCUCCAGCGCGUGCUUUCCAGGUCCCUUCAAGCUCAAGAAGGACUGCUGGGACGCCUCUGGCGCUGCGCCGGGGACCUCUUCCAGGCCGAGCUGCUGGAGCCAAAUCUUUCCAGGCGCGGCCGAGGGCCGCCUGGAAGGGCUCGCAGGGAAGCCGGCCAAGCGCCCGCGGCGACCCCCGCCCUCCACAGAGGAGCAAGGGGGUGCGGAGCUCCUCGCGCAGCGCCUGCAGGGCCUUGCCGUAGAAGAGGGGCUUGA